CAUCUGCUGAGUGAAAAUCAUUAGCUCUCAGACUGUGAGUAAGGAAAGAGUUCUGACGUAAAUUGAACAAUUGCGGAGUAUUUCACAGCAAUAUCUUAGGUGUUAGCAUUGCAAGUCAUUCCUUUUUAAGAGAAGGUUUAUGCGAAAGUCUGGCGAGCUGAUCGCAGAGCAGCCAGUGACGUGAUUGGUGGAGAACAGAACCUCAAGUUGAUUGUACUAUUUCAUAGAAGACGCAGCUUCAGCAGGGCUAGUGAAAACUGACCGUUUGAAAUGGCCGAAGAGAACAGACUACAAUCUUUUCGCAACAUUGUGAAUGACUACGUCGGUUACAGACUUCGACAGAAGAACAUUUUCUUGCCAGGAUAUCAUGAGAAUUUGCCUCCAUCGAAGGCAGCCCGUCAUUUGCGACGGGUAGCAGACGAACUCAUAGAAGAGAACAGCCAAUUGUUUGAUUCCAUGUGCGACCAACUUCACCUCACUCAUGCCACAACUUAUCCUACCUUUGUGGGAAUUGCGGAUGAAAUUUUCCAGAAUGGUGAAAACUGGGGUCGCAUAGUGGCGUUUCUGGCAUUUGGGGCCACUUUAGCUGUACAUUGUGCGCAAAAAGAGGAUCUUGCUUCAAAUAUUGACAACAUUGUCGACUGGGUCUCCGUGUACAUGAACGAAAAACUUAGCCCAUGGAUCGACGACAACGGUGGAUGGGAUGGUUUCAUUGCCUUCUUCAACAGAGAUGACGAAUCUCCAGGAGAUGGGAAUAAAGGCUGGCAUGUCGCUGCUGUUGCUGGGCUUGGUUUGGGUGCCCUGCUCAUGUUGGCAUGCAGAUGAAAGGCAUUAAAAUUGUUGAAACAUAGUUACUGUAAUGUUUUAUAGACCAGUUUUAUCUUUUUCUUCUCUGCUGGUAUUUUAUCUUGCUAGUUUUUUUAGUUUGGUUGGACUUUGUUAAUAAUACAGUGAUUACAUAAUCUCUAUGUUGUAAAAAGAAACUGGAUGAAAGGUUAAGAAGGAUCAAGAAUGUUUUAUCAAACAUUUUGUAGCAGGAAGCAAAAUCAUCCAGAAGAUAGAACUACCAUUAUUACUGUAGAAAGGGAUUAACUUAUGAAAAGGGAGGUGGUGUCAGUUGUGUGUAUCUUUUAGAUCAGUGAGCAUGUUACAUUUUUAGCUUGAUAUACAGGACUGUUGAUUAUCCAAGAGUGAUGUAUGUGAAAUAUAUUUUCUAGCUCAAAACUGCAGAUUACCUUGGGCAUUAAAGCAGUCAUUUGUAAAACCGA